UCUCUCUCUCUCCCUCCCUCUCACUUCUUUCUCUCUCUACAUCAAAUUUCAACAGCACCCCACAAUUCUGGACCCCUUCCACCUUACAUAUUCGUUUGCGUUUUCUCGCAUUCUCUUUCCAUUUUCUCUCAGUUUCUCUUCACCAUCUCCUUCUGCUUGUCUCUCAAGAUCUGUCUGGGGAGCGGAGCAACAUUUGAUCAUUGAAAUUAAGGAGUAAAACCUUAUUCACCACUCUAAAUAAUAGGGAUUCUGCCAAUGCUAAAUUUUGUCAGGUCCAGAAGUCAGCCAAGGGCAACCAGACCUAAUUCAAUGGGAGGCAUGGAUUAUGUGGAUCCAAAAAGGAAGGGCAAUUUUGUUGGAAAAGUUUUUCUUGCUGCUGCAUUAACGGCACUAUGCAUCAUCAUGAUCAAGCGAUCUCCAUCUUUGAAUCCCCCUAGUCCGUUUUCCUUUCACGAACCUGGGGUUACUCAUGUUUUAGUAACAGGGGGUGCAGGCUAUAUUGGUUCACAUGCUGCUCUACGACUUCUAAAGGAUAAUUAUCGUGUCACCGUAGUAGACAAUUUGUCACGAGGAAAUUUGGGUGCCAUCAAGGUUCUUCAAGAAUUAUUUCCAGAGGCUGGAAGGCUUCAAUUUAUAUACGCUGACUUGGGAGAUGCAAAAUCUGUUGAUAAAAUUUUUCUUGAGAAUAAAUUUGAUGCCGUGAUGCACUUUGCUGCCGUUGCAUAUGUAGGAGAAAGCACUACGGAUCCUCUUAAGUAUUAUCACAAUAUUACAUCAAAUACCUUGUUGGUAUUGGAGUCUAUGGCUAAACAUGAUGUCAAGACAUUGAUAUAUUCAAGUACAUGUGCAACAUAUGGGGAGCCUGAGAAGAUGCCCAUUACAGAAGAAACUAAGCAGGUCCCAAUUAAUCCAUAUGGGAAAGCCAAGAAGAUGGCAGAAGAUAUCAUCCUUGAUUUUUCUAGAAAUUCAGACAUGGCAGUAAUGAUUUUGAGGUACUUCAAUGUGAUUGGAUCAGACCCUGAGGGAAGAUUGGGUGAGGCUCCAAGACCUGAACUCCGAGAGCAAGGUCGAAUAUCAGGUGCCUGCUUCGAUGCAGCUCGUGGUAUUAUACCUGGUUUAAAGGUUAGAGGGACAGACUAUAAGACAGCUGAUGGAACUUGCGUACGAGAUUAUAUUGAUGUAACUGACCUUGUUGAUGCUCAUGUGAAAGCUCUUGAAAAGGCACAAUCUGGUAAAGUUGGGAUCUACAAUGUUGGCACCGGAAAGGGUAGUUCAGUGAAGGAGUUUGUGGAAGCUUGUAAAAAGGCCACUGGUGUGGAUAUCAAAGUAGACUUCCUUCCUCGUCGUCCUGGUGAUUAUGCUGAGGUGUAUAGUGACCCAUCAAAGGUUAGACGUGAAUUGAAUUGGAGUGCAAAGCACACUCUUCAAGAGAGUUUGCAGAUUGCAUGGAGAUGGCAGAAGUCUCAUCGUGAUGGUUAUGGGAUUCCAAAUGCAGUAUACUGAAUUAUUUAGAAUUCUAACAUAGCACAAGACUAGAAGAAACCCCAGCAGCAUUCAUGUCAGCUGCACUUCUAUUCCUAUCUUAGAAAGAGGGGCUGAAAUUUUUAUUUUUUAUUUUUACUACUUUCACUCAUAGUGAUUUGGUAUUGUGUAGUUUGUGAUUAGGUGGUGGUAGUUCAUUCGUUACAUGUAUUGACCACAUAAUAUGAUUCAAUAAUAUAAUGGCGAGGCUAUGAUAUG